AUUCGGCCAGAACGCUUCCCUUCAAGAGUGUCCUGGAAGCAAUUUCCGUGGGGACCUCGAGAGGUCCCCAAGGGGCCACAAACGCGCUGAAUAACCUGGAUCCUCGGUUUUCAGACUGAAGAGGGGGAUGAUGAACGAGGAGGAGGUGGAGGACAACUAUCAAUCUCGCUGGUCUCUUUGGUUCUCACUUGCCCCGCUGCCGUUCUGGUCCGAGCUAACUUCUGAAGGACGCCGCCGCGAUCACUGAUCUGAGCCAACCCCUCCGAGACAAUGCAGACCGUCGCGGUGUUCGUGGCCCUCCUGGGCCUGUCUGCGGUGAGCGUCGCGAGCGCCUCCAAGUACAGCCCGGGCACGUGCCACUGCGACUGCUGUGCGCCGGUGGACGGGGGCGAGAAGGAGUGCACCGCUCCCGUGGGCUCGCUCCACAGCCAGACCAAGACCGACGUGUGCCUCGCGGUGUUCUGCACGGAGGGCGACACGCUGGGGGCACAGAAGCAGGCGUUCAGCAACUUCUGCAGCUCCAAGUGCUUCCCGGACACCGCGGUCCCGACCACCUGCCGCCCGAAGGACUGCACGGACCAGGGCGUGAACGUGCACUGCGAGUGAGCGCGCCAGCGACAGUGCCCGGUCGGACGGACCGCGGUGGGAGAAAAAGGGGUUGGGCGCCCGUUGGAGUGUGGAAGGCAUGGACGAUUGGUGGGGGCAUUCGCACAUCCGGGCGAGCAUCUGGCCAGAACGGGCGCCUCGCUUGUCUGGGCGAAGGGCGCCAGCGGUGUUUUCGCACCGUCCCUGGCCAAGCCAGGGCUCGGCCUGGGACCCGUGUGCAUGUCUUCCUGGCAGGGCCAGGGCCGACCGAU